AUGAGGCCGAGGCACAACUUGGAAGUUGACUUGCAUUCGGCGAGGUCAUGCACCAACACCACCGAGCUUGUUCACAUUUCAAAGGACGACAUGAUGGUGUUUGGGUUUGAUGAUGAAGAACUGUUUUUACGUGGUCACUGGUCAAUGAUAAAGAAUACGUUACUCCCUACCAAACUCCAUCAAUGGCAUCGAUCUGAAAGGCACCGUCUGUGCCCUUUGUUCAGAAAUCAGGACCGCGCACUUGAUAUCGCCGCAAUCGCCCGAGAAUUUCUAGACUCGUCCACAUCAAACGUGAUGUACAUGGCCUCGUUGUGGAGAGUCCACAGUCACUCAGGCAGUGGCUUACCCCCUCCAUCCCAACUGUACACGUCCACUUUCUGUCUUUCAAAGUUGAUGCCUCAACCUCGCACUCGUUCACACUCCACUUCGGGCACGUUGUCUAGAAAUUUCUUAGGCGACCCCCUUUCAGUUUCUCCACACGGUGGCAACGAGCAGGCCUCGUUGCAUUCUGGCACUCAGACAUCUCUUGGGUCUACCGCCAAAUCUCAUCGGAAGCUACUGUCAUCUCAGCACUUCAAACCAAGCCGCAAUACAGUGGCAGGUCCAAGCCGUACACCAGGUAGUCCUCCUGUUAAGCCUUUGGUGAUAAGCCGACCACGGGCCAUCGUUCGCAAAUCCUUACAGCUACCCCCUCCUGUUCCGGAGAAGGAUGUGCCCAGGAAGCCUCCUAAAGUUAAACGGGAGGAUCCUGAUUCAGAUGACGAAGGCACCCUUGUUUCAGCGGGAGAGGUUCCUCUCCGGCAUCACGACGCGCCAAAGAAACAAAUUUCUGAAGUAGAAAUGAGACCAGAUGGACUCCCUGCAACGUCUAAGAUCUCCCGAAAGAUUUUAGCCGUUAUACCUGGCAUGUCAGACGACGAAGAUCAGGAUGAGAAGCUGCAUAACCCAUGUGACGCUCGAACUCGGCCCAAGUCAAUCCACUGGGGUCUAGGAAGCUCUCCUUAUCAGCCGGACUUUAUAAUUGAAAGGGAAGAGGAAGCUACUAUUGAGCCUUUCACGUCACUUAGCCCCCCUUCAUUUCACGGACGCAAGAAAGCUUGGACUAAUUGGCUUCCCACAAAUAAUCGUACCCAAGAGAAUGUAUCUAAUAUUGUAGUACAGGUCACCCAGCAUGUAUCGUGUACUUUGUAG